CUCUUUCCCAGCACCACAGCCAACCAUGAGUAGCAACCACCAGCACGUUGAUGAGGUAGUCGACUGGGUCACGGUCAACAACUACCAGUUCUACACGCACCUGUACAAGCCUGCAGUGCAGCCACCCAAGGCGACGCUGACAAUCGUGCACGGGCUGGGAGAGCACGUCGACCGGUACGCCGACCUUGCGCGCCAUUUCGCUUGCGCCGGGAUCCAGGUCCUCGGCUUUGACCAGCGCGGCUUCGGCAAAACUGGAAAACGAAAUAACGACCUAGGCGACAACUCUGGAAUUGCCACAGUCGCUACAGAUAUCGCCGCCAUGAACCGUCUUGUCAGCGUGGAUGGCAUUAGGCAUUUCCUCCUUGGCCACUCAAUGGGCGGUCUGAAUGUGCUGAACUUUUGCUCGUUCCACAAUAAUGACGGGCAUGUUGCAGCGGUGAUUGCACAGUCGCCUGCAUUGCAGCCUGCGAAGGCGCUGAUGCUGGCGCCCGAAGCCAUUGAGACCUUCAGGUCGGGUGACUUUGACCGCAGCGUUAUCCGCAAGACUAAUAUCAAAACUGAGUACCUGACCGACAACCAGAAGGAGUUAGCAAGACUGGCCACUGAUGCGGAUAUGAUCGAUUUUUGCACUGUCGGGACCAUGGCUGACGUCAGUAACUUCGGCCGCCGGGUUAUCGAACAUGCGCCCAAGUUCGAAGUUCCGGUGUUUAUUGCCCAUGGCGAUGGCGAUCUCGCCGCCGAUGCCCAGGGAUCCAAGGCGUUCUUUGCACAUCUGCCUGAAGCGCUGGACAAGAGGAUUAAGAUCUACGAGGACUGUCCGUUCCACGAAAUCCAGUUCCAGGAGGAUAUCGCACCAGAGCUGUUUGAGCUGUAUACACAGUGGAUUCUGGCGCAUGCUGACUGUUCUGGUGCUGUGCGUUGAGCAUCCUGUUUGCUAUAGACACCUUAGUAAUUGCAGCUGAAUGAGCAUGCCUCAGCGCUUUCGGUGUCCCUUGUAUCAUGCCACCACGGAUCUAAAAAGCCAAGUCUACUUUCUAGCCUACAUAACAAUGUCACACACCGUAUAUUGCACUAUUGUGCCUAACAGGUGGCUGCGAGAAUACAAUGCAAACAAUGCAAGGUGGUGUGUGGACAUGGGCCAAUUGCGCUAGCCGCUCUC